UGAAUGAACGAGGAGUCUCACUGUAUCCGCAGUCUGUCACACGCAGGAAACCAGGGCAUCCGAGUAUUCAUCACCCAGCUUGUCCCGGGCUGUAUGUUAAUGGCCCCCCGCUGCGCGCACCCCGCUGAGGCACUAAGCGGAACAUCAGCGACGCAAUUAGGGCGAACAAGAAGCUCGCAGCGCGCGACAGCCCUCUCUCCCCCCGCGCGCGCUGUCAGCAAGAGCGCAUUCAACUUCUGGAGCUGGAGGAGUUGCGCGUGUCUGCAUGCGUUCGGUGGCCCCAACAAGUUUUUGGACGCUUGAGUCGCACUUCAUGUGACAUAUGCAAGUGACAAGAUUUCACUGCAAGUGCUGCUAGAGAUUUUUUUCAGAACUAACCUUUUUUUCAAUGACCAUUGACUAUUGAUAUAAAUUAUUUAUAAUGGAUAGCCUAUUAAGUCCUCAACGUCAAGUUGUAACAUAUUUCAACAAUUAGCUUACUUGGAUUGAUAUCUUUAACAUGAUCAUAAUAUUAUAUUUAUUUUAAGGGCAAUCUUUCCUCACAUAUAACUCAGCAUUGGUCAACACAGCCUACAUUUUCAGUGAAUUAAUUAAAACUACCAAACUGAUUUUUAUUAUUGCCUAUACUGAUUUUUUUUUUUUUUUUCCCAACAGUCUCUCAACAAUCGGGCUAUUGUUUUUAAAUGAAAACUUUUCCAAAAAUUGCUUAAAAAUGGGAAAUGUGGAGGGUUGGUAUUUUGUUUUCAAAUCCAAUGGCAAUGAAUAAUUUAAAGCGUGGCAUAAGUGUCCAAAUACAUUUUGGGGGAUGCUUUAAAUAGCGAAUUAACAGCAGGAAUUGGGUAAUUGUUAUUGUACUGGCACGAAAACUACAUUUUUUUAUUGUUCAGUAAGCCUCGUGCGUACAGCUCUUGCUUUUCAGUCUCCUUUUAAAUCUUAUUAAUGUAGACUAAAUGUGAACUCAUCUAUGCAAUAAUUAGAUUAUUACAUUUUCCAGAGGAUACACAUUCUGGAGAGAUUAGGAACAACCUAAACAUGCCAGGAGACUUGUUUACAACCACAAACUCCGUGUUUGGACAUAGGGUGGGUUGUAAACAUAGGCAAAAUAAUUUAAGACAUACAAACCGUCAGCAGCGCAAACAUUUACUCAAAACUCUCAGGGGAUGCUUGAUUAAAUUACGUUAAGGUCCCGCCCCUCGAUUUCUAUGAUUGGGCGCUGAGAUAAGUAGGCGUGCAUCGGCUGUCCUCUGUAUAAAUAGACACGCGCUCCACUAUUUGACAGUCAAAACAAAUGAGACGCUGUAGCCUACUGAAUUGACACCAAGUAGACACAGCAGGUUUUUCUUUAGUGUUAAGCUAUUUUUAUUUUUAGAAUUAAGUAACCACACUACUAUUGCGCAUAUGCAAGCGCAUCCUUGAAGACGGAGAGCGGGUGCGUGCAAGUGACCGAGGAUGGACUCGCCUAUGCAGGGGUCCUACUGGCUUCCUCUCGCGCUCUGUGCCCUGUUAUUGUGGAGCUCCGUGUGUGCUCGUGAGCCGGACUGUCAGGAGAUUUCGGUGCCACUGUGUAGAGGGAUCGGCUAUAACUACACAUACAUGCCCAACCAAUUCAACCACGACACCCAGGACGAAGCAGGACUUGAGGUGCACCAGUUCUGGCCGCUCGUGGAGAUCCAGUGUUCCCCCGACCUGCGCUUCUUUCUUUGCAGUCUGUACACGCCCAUUUGCCUUGAGGACUAUAAGAAGCCUUUGCCGCCGUGCAGGAGUGUGUGCGAACGGGCGAAAGCGGGAUGCGCGCCGCUGAUGAGGCAAUACGGUUUCCCGUGGCCGGACCGAAUGAGGUGCGAUCUUCUACCCGUGCAGGGGGAUUCAAACACUCUGUGUAUGGACUACAACCGAACUGACGCUACAGCAUCACCGGCUGCUGCAAAACCAACUAGCCGCCAGGGGAAGCCAAACAACCGGAAAAAUAAAAGCAGUCAUGGAUCUUCUUCGUGCGAACCGGAGUGUCACUGUCGCGCGCCUAUGGUAACCGUGAAUGACCGUCAUCCCUUGUAUAACCGGGUCAAGACGGGGCAGAUCCCCAAUUGCGCCAUGCCAUGCCACAACCCCUAUCUUUCUCAGGAGGAAAGGACCUUUGCCACAUUUUGGAUAGGGUUUUGGUCGGUUUUGUGUUUCCUGUCAACGUUCGCAACAGUCGCUACUUUCCUCAUUGACAUUGAGAGGUUUAAAUACCCCGAGCGCCCUAUUAUUUUCCUGUCCGCCUGUUAUAUGUUCGUGUCCGUGGGAUACAUCAUCAGACUCAUCGCGGGACACGAAAGGGUCGCGUGCAACCAGAAUCAUGAGGUGGACCACAUCCACUAUGAAACUACGGGUCCCGCGCUUUGCACGGUUGUGUUUCUGCUGAUUUAUUUUUUUGGGAUGGCGAGCGCCAUCUGGUGGGUGAUUCUGACGAUUACGUGGUUCCUCGCGGCAGGAAUGAAGUGGGGAAAUGAAGCAAUCGCGCGAUACUCGCAGUAUUUUCACCUGGCCGCUUGGCUCAUUCCGAGCGUGAAAUCUAUCGCCGUGCUCGCGCUGAGUUCGGUGGACGGAGACUCGGUUGCGGGGAUCUGCUACGUGGGCAACCAGAACUUGGAUAACCUGCGGGGAUUCGUGCUCGCGCCACUGGUGAUUUAUCUUUUUAUCGGAACGAUAUUUUUAUUCGCGGGCUUGGUGUCUAUGUUUCGGAUACGGAGCGUCAUUAAACAAGGAGGAACGAAAACGGACAAACUCGAGAGAUUGAUGGUCCGAAUCGGGGUGUUUACAGUGCUGUACACGGUCGUUGCCAUGGUGAUUGUGGCGUGUUACGUUUACGAACAGCACAAUCGUGAAGCGUGGGAAAUAGCGCACGCGUGUAACUGCUCGUCGGAGAAAAAAACCCUGAAACCUGAUUACGCCGUGUUUAUGCUCAAAUACUUCAUGUGCCUUGUUGUUGGGAUCACGUCAGGCGCGUGGACGUGGUCCGGUAAAACGCUGGACUCUUGGCGAGCCCUGUGCACGCGCCGCUGCUGCAGUUGGGGAAGUAAAGGCACGAGCGGGUCAGUUUACAGUGAUGGCAGCACGGGACUAACUUGGAGAUCCGGCACAGCGAGUUCGGUUUUGUACCCUCCAAAACAAAUGCCACUGUCGCGAGUCUGAUGACUAGGGCAGGUGAGGCUGAACUUCUCAAAAAAGACUUUGCAAACUGACUGCUGCUUUCCUGACAGAUGAGAGAUGCAUAAUACCAGGGUUAGGUGAGACCGGGGCUAGUUGUCACAAGGGGAAAUUGCUAUAACACUACUGUGAGAAAUAUUCUGAAGUAAAAAGUGUGACGACUAUUCCCGAUCUCUUCAUCUACACUAAAUUGCCUACCAGUUAUUAAACCUGUUUAUCAGGUUAUAUGAAUGUGCCUUUAAAAGUGUUAUACGGGUUUUUAUAUGUAUUUAUAUUAAGAUUUUAUUGUUAAAACAACGACAUAGAAUGUUUAACAUUUAUACAAGAUUGUGUAUUUAUCAUUUACUUUGACAGAAAAUUAUUUUGACAAUAAAACACUGAAAUAUUA